UAGUUGGUGGAAUUUCAGUGGGACAAGUUAUAAACUUCUCCCGGAGAACACAUUUAUUGACAAUAAUUCUCCGUGAUAUUAUCCCAUAAGUGAGAAUCCUGGCUUUUUUUGUGCUAGAAAAGGCCAAUCCCUCAAUUAGCACACCCUUAAUCUAGGGGUGAGUUCUCUCUUGUGCUUUUUGCCUCGUGUAAACAAGUUUGGAGAAUUUAUUUAUUUAUUGAAGACAGGAUAUUAGGGUGACGAAAAAAGUGUUUGAAUCCAUUUAUCAAGAUAAUUAGCCGACCUCAACUGCAGUUUUUCUUUGGACCGGAGAAGAUACCCCGUUUGGGAUUCUAGCAACAAUGGUUUACCUCAUCACAGACAUGUAUGACUGGUAUAGGGAUCUCAUGGAUAACAAAAGUGAUCCAAGAGUGCAAGACUGGCCACUAAUGUCAUCCCCAUUACCUACCAUGGCGAUAUGCUUAUUUUAUGCAUAUUUCAGUAAAGUGCUGGGACCACGAAUUAUGGCCAAUCGUAAACCAAUGAAUCUUAGAAAUAUUCUAGUUGUGUACAAUUUUAUUCAGACAAUAUUUAGUGCUUGGAUCUUCUAUGAGUAUUUGCAAAGUGGAUGGUGGGGUCAUUAUAGUUUAAAGUGCCAACCAGUGGACUAUUCCCGAAGCCCAAUGGCAAUGAGGAUGGCAAACACUUGUUGGUGGUACUACAUAGCGAAAUUUACAGAAUUCUUCGAUACACUCUUUUUCAUCUUGAGGAGAAAAAUGGAACAUGUCUCAACACUUCAUGUCAUUCAUCAUGGAUGUAUGCCAUUCUCAGUGUGGAUGGGAAUGAAAUUUGCACCAGGUGGUCAUAGUACAUUCUUCGCUAUGCUUAACUCAUUUGUGCAUAUUGUCAUGUAUUUCUACUAUAUGCUGGCAGCAAUGGGUCCAAGGUAUCAAAAGUACAUUUGGUGGAAGAAGUACCUUACCACAUUCCAAAUGGUGCAAUUUGUGGCAAUUUUCAUUCAUCAGUUCCAGUUGCUCUUCAGAGAGUGCGACUAUCCGAAGGGAUUCAUGGUGUGGAUUGGACUGCACGGUGUUAUGUUCUUGUUCCUCUUCUCUGACUUCUACAAAGCCAAAUACAGCCGACCGAGAGGAAAGUUGUCGGCUAGUGAUUCAAAUGCAGAUUUUGCCACGAGAAAUGGCAAAUUUGUGAAUGGAAAUGGCAAUCAGGGGGCAUGUAUGCCCGUGAUGAAUGAUGAAGAGGAGUCGCAGCAGCUGCUGAGCAAGAACAAGAUGAAUGGAGUCCACCACCGCAAUGGGUACAGCAACGGUGGCGUUACAAAUGGGCACACGAGUGACCAGAAUCACAAUGGUUUGCUCAAUGGGGAUGCCAAGAAGGUGAAAUAGCAGAAGAGAUUGCUGCACAAGAAACAUCGAUUAAGUGUUCCGCAAGGGCAAUCACUUUAGCAAAAGAAAUAAGGAAACAAAAAAACACCCAAAAAAAAAGUAAGAGCAAGAAUCACACACAAAACACUAAAAAAAAGUAAAACAAGAAAAAAAGUUAUUAAAUGGGAAUUGUAAUGAGGGACAUUAUGAUUGAUAAAAAAAAACAAAGGAGCGUAUUAUUAAUCAAAGAUCUAUUUAUUGUUACAUUGAAAUAUUAAAUUUAAAACGUUAGUUUCUAACUAUCAAAUGGUUCUUUUUUUUCUACUUCUCACGUAUUCUCAUGGAUUUUUCUUACACUAAACCAUAUUCAUUUUCUCUUUUCAUUUCGGUAUUUUUUUUGUUAUUUUUGUGUAAGAUAUUUAGGAAAAAAGAAAGCAGGAUAGAUCUUGUGAAAAUGUUGCUAAUUUGGGGGGGAUUUGUGUCUCUCCUGCAAUUGUCAUUAAAGUUGUAAAUAAGUCAUUUGAUUGAUCUUCCUCGCAUCUCAUGGUAUUUUUGCUUUUUUUUUGACUAUUUCUAAAGUAUUCUUCAGUAGUCACCAUUGUAUUUUUUUCAUUUAUUUGAAUAGCUUUUAUUCAAGGGAUGGCUUUUUAAUGAGGUUUUCAUGGUAAUUUAUUCUCGAUUUAAGUUUUGCAACUGAAUGAGCAAUUGUUUGGACAAAUUCUAAAUAGCGCAAAUUGAUCAUCUUUCGAAUGGUAAUAUUUGAAAAAGAUUCUUUUUCUUGCAUUUUCAUGGAUCUUCCUGUACAGUUUUAGAGAAUUAAGUCAAUGUUUAUUUUUUCUAAAUAAUUUCUAUUAUUAUUUUUUGUAUAGAAGGUAAUUUGUAAUUAUGGUAAUAUUCAAAGUAUUUUUUUUGUUGUUAACAUUUACAUUUUUUUCUUGGUUGGUGGACGUGAUUUAUUUCUCAUAUUUUUUGUAUUUAGUCACAUUAAACUAGUUUAAAAUUUAUGACGAAAAGUGCCGGUUUUUCACUGAUUUGGCUGAGAUUUUGCUUUGGAUGUUAGGUUAUGUUGGAGCUAACCUCAAAUUGCCAGAGAAGUUUUGGGUAUAGUUAAAUUUUCGAAAUAUAUCGAUUUACUGGCAAUUUCGACCUCUACACGUUGAGAGCAAUCUUGUCAAAAAAUGUUUAGAAAACGUUUUUUGUCAAAAUGUCAAGAAAACGUCAAAAUCCUGUCAAAAAUGCAAUUUUUUAUGAAAAUUACACCCAAUAUGCAGAGGCUUUUUGGCAUAAAUUAUUCAAUUUGACAGUCUUUAUGCAAUUUUAAACUGUCUGACAAAUUCUAACCUAAAAAAGUCGGUUUAGAAUUUUAGGUUAUGUUAACCUAACCUCAAAAACGCAUACGAAAAUUUCUUUUAGAGGUUUAUUUAGAUUUUGCAUCUGGAUGGAAGUUCUUUCACUAAUUUUGAUCUGGAAAGACGAAAUUCUGACUGAAUUAGACUUAAAACUGAGAUUUGUCAAAUUGUUUGUGGUUAGAAUUGUUGAGAUUCUUGGACAUUUUAACAAUAGCAAAACCAAAAAAUACGGAAUUUGCGUUUAUUUGUUUUUUAAAUGACAAGAACAAGUCAUUAAUUUACAUUAUGCCUUUCGUUUGAUAAAGAGACAUCGGAUUUUCUUAAAUUAUGAGGUUAAGUCAAGUCAUAACCUAAAAAAAAAACCUGAAUAUUUAAAUUGUUUUUCAAUUGUUAUAUUUGUGUAAUUCCGAAGAAAAAAAUAGAGAUUUUUGAGGCAUUAAAAACUUUAGAUACUUCAUUGAAUAAGAAACGGUCUUCAAAUGGCAGUUUCCUUUACAUAACCUUAAAUUUUUGGACAACCUCUUGACCAAUUCAUUUAUUGAAAUACAGUGGAGUCUUCUAAAUGCUUGGGUAUAACCCAUGAAGCACAGAAGAAGCUGAAGCUGAAGAAAAGUAGCGUAUAUGCUGCUUCCUAAAAAAAAAUAUGCUAACCAAUCAGCAGUUCUUGAACAAAAAAUGCUAACCAAGUAAAUGGAAAUGGUACUGCCUCGUGGAUGUCGUUUUAAGAUUAGCGGAAUACAUGUUUUCAGCUGAAUUGAAAUCAGUUAGCAUUUAAUGGUCGCUGGGGAAUGAUAUUCCUCACUUCCCGCAGCGAGCUCCAAAUGCUAACCGUUUUCUAUUCAGCUGAAAACAUUGGUAUUUUCAGCUGAAUUCUGCUAACCUUAAAGCACUAUUUUGUUCGAGAAAGGCUGACCGCUCAGCAUAUUUUUGCUGAUUGACUCAGCAAAAAUAUCCUGAAAGCGUUUUCUUUCAACUCUUUCAGCUAACUGUGCUCGCUGGGCUCCUAAAUUCGAACGAUAUUUUAGAAAAUUACGGAGUUGGAAUAAGGUUAAAUUGUAUUUUAAAUCAAAUGCCCGUAUUUUUCACAAAUCUUCGUGGUAAUGAAUUUCUUUUUCAUUUUAUACGAUUGUAAUGUGUGCAUUAUAAUCGUUCGGUGCAUUCAGGAAGCAGCAAGAAAAUAUGGUUCUCAGUGUUUGACUCAUAAAUUUUUUAACAUAACCUCACAUUUGAUAUUUUGAAGUCAACCUGCGUUCGAGUUUGAGACAUUCAGAUUUAAAAGACUGUAACUGUAAUAGUCAAACUUCAUAAAACAUUGCAAUUUUAAGUUAUAUACAGAAGCAUAACUCAAGCUUUGAAGCAUUCUGAGAGGUUAGAAAUGGCUUUCUCUUCUGAUAAAGUUCAAGAGAGAAAAUAUUUAAAGGUUAUUGAAUUUAACGCAUGAACAGAAAAUUGACAAAUUCUAUCAAAUUUACCAGUUAUUUGUGAGCUACGUUGCAAUGAGUCUUAUUACUUGACCAAUAGGUUAAUUUGAAAGUUUUAGGUUAUGUUAAAUCUAACCUAUAAAUGUUUUAGGACAUCUUCUUUUGGCAUUAUCAAUCAAUAUGCCUUGUAUCUUGUAGAGAUAUUUCUGAACAAUAAUUCACCGAAAAAUAUACAGAAUAUUAUUUUAAAGUCAUUUAAAUACUAAAUAGAUUGAAUUCUAACCUCAAAUUCUGUAGGGGGAUUCUGUAAGAGCGACAAUGUCAUAUGACAGAUUUGGAAUUUUUUAUGUGGUAGAUUCGCCAAAACUAUUCGAAAUGUGAUUCAUACGAAUAAUUGAGAGGUUUGUGAAGCUGCUUGCAAUGGCCAUUUGAUACUAAACGGCUUUUAUUGUCGUCCGGUUUUCGAAUUUAAUUCUAAUUCUAUUCCAAAAUUCCCCUACUGGCUCCGGAAAAUAUUUCAGCAGAAGUGCUCGUUGAAUUCUGAUUUUAAAAGAUGCCAGAUUCUUGAACUAGAAGAGAAAAUUUCCCGUUAUGAGAUGAUCUUCCCUUCCGGGGUUAGGUCAUACAUAACCCCAAAUUUUGGAGUUAUCUGUUUAUUAAAUGGGAGAAUUAUAUGCGAAGAAUCCUUUCUGGGCUUAGAACUUAUUUAUAAGUGUUCAUAACAUUUCUUGUACUGUACUACUUCCAGUAUAAAAACAAAUUGGGAAUUUGAGUUUGAAAAGUAGGGUUAUGUUUGUAAUUUACCUAAGAGAUACAUAACAAGCUUUUGGUCCCGAAGAAAUUUUAAAGGGAUUUACGUGAGCUGAAGGACAACUAAAGUGUCUUUUGAGUUAUUGCGAAGAUUUAGAAAGGCUUCUGUCUAUAAAUAUUUAAAUGUAGCCCAUUUUUGAGGUUAGUCGCAAGGUACUUAGAGAGUUGAAAUAUAGACAUGAUAGAAGGAUUUUAGUGAACAGAAAAUGAUCAAGUCUUACCAGAUUUUUUCAUUAAGUCGGGAUUUUUUGCAAUAAAAUGUAUUUUCGGACAAAAAAGUUGAAAAGGAGGUUUUUGUCUGAUUUUCAGCCAAUGGAUUGGAUCUAAAGGGAAGAUGUUAACACGAAAAUGACCUUUCCUUAAACUUUUUGGGGAAAAAGCAGGGGGGUGACUAUAGAUCUGAAAAAUGCUACCGAUUUUAGUGUAAUUUUUUCCCUGUUUUCGUACACAUUUCACGAGAUAUCUUCAAAACUGCGUAGGUUGCCAAUUUAGGGUUUUCGGUUGCCUCUUCGUUAUUAAAUUGGCUUUCAUUUUGUAUUAGUACUUUUUGCUUAUUCAUUCUACAAUGACAGAAAACAGCUAAUAAACUCAAAAGUUUUUUCGGCUCGCUAGAAAUAUAUGGAAAACAUAGGAAAUGUUAUGCCCCUGGGAAAAAGACUAAAAUUUUUAUUAUUCAGAAUCUAAAUAGCGGAAUUUAUUACGUUUUUUCUGCUAAAGUUACCUUUUUCAGUCAUUUGAGCUCGUAAAUUUUUAGGUUAUGUUUCCAAGCAGAAAUUUACUGAGCGGAAAUAUCUUAUACUCUUUGAAAAAAAUAUACUAAAAAGAGUAUUUGGUUUCUAAACAUAAAGCUUUUUGCAAUGUAGUCUACUUUCGAAAGAGACUUUUUUUAAAUUUUGGUUAGUACGACUAUAAAUUCUAGGUUAUGUUACCUUUUAACUUCACCUUUUCUUUUUUCUAAACGUUAAUUGGCGCGAUUUGCCAAUGAAAAAAUCGUUACCUUUUGAAGAAGACACUUUUCUGCUCUUGCCCAGAGCUUUCGGUCCCGAUAUGGACCUCUUUCAGUAUCUGGAAGAGCAUUAAAACUUAUUUUGCAAUAUUUACAAGGCAAGGAUCAUUUUUGGACAAUCUCAAAAACUCACUCGACCAAAUUGUGUUUUUGUGAUUUUCUUUUCUCACAUGGAUCAGUCGAAAUUUGUUUGUGUUUUCUUUUUCAAAUGUUGUGGCUAGAAAACAAAAGCAGCUUUAUGGUAAAAUUUGUGUGGUUAGAAUUUGUUAAAUUUCGAAAUAUAGAAGAUAUUUUAAUUACGAACUUUGUAAAGUAAUCAGAUCGGUCUUAGGAAAUUGCAUUGCAACAGAUACUUAUCGCAAUUUUCACCACGUAACGUACGUCCAAAAAUUUUGAGGUUAAAUUCACCAUAACCUCACAUCCAAAGCAACUUCACGGUUAAAUCAGGAAUUGAGGCCCAUGUUUAAUAACUAGGGUUGUAUAAUUAAGUCAAAUUCGAUUAAUUUAAUAAAUAAAAAAAAAUGAAGUCAUAAAAAAUGAGAUACUGAAAAAAUUGGAACAUCUAGCUUUUUUUCUAACCUAGAAUUUGUAACUAAAAAAAAAAGAGGAAUCCUAUGAGGAAAAAAUAUCAACUAAACUCCCCCCAAUUUGUAAUCUUUUGUACAGUGAAAUGAAAAUAAAAUAGGUGUAAUGGUUAAACAAUGAAAUCAAACAUAUUUGAGAUGAAUAAAGUAUUUUUUAAGAAAGCUAGAAAGAAGAUUUAAAAAAAAAAUUGAGAAAAAAAAUAUACACAAAUAAGGAAUGUAAAGUGAUAUUUUUAUUUUUUGGGUAAUAUUUUUAAUGACAAUUUUUGUGUCUGAAAAACUCUUUCAGAUUAAAAAAAAAUAAAGAUACAAUCGACGAUUCAAAGUGCGAAAAAAAAGAGAGAUAUUUUUCGGCUAAGAAAUUUGUAAAAAGGAAAAAUUAAUUGAUAAGAAAUUGGAAUUAUUUUAAGACGGAAAAAUCUAAAAAAAAUAAAAAUAGCUCCAAAAUUUAAAAUAAAAUUGUCGGAGCGAAAUUGGUUUUUUUUAAGUCCCUGAGAAUUUUUGGCAAUUUUUAGGAGUCUCUUAGCUGGGAGGAAGCAUCAUGCACAGAAAUUUGCUUCCAAUGUGUUCGUUUGAUAUAAGAUAAAAAGGAAAAGAACUUUUUCUUCAUUCGUGCUUGUACAUAAAAUCGCAUUGAAGGCACGCCGCGGUUUUUCAUCUUUGCCCAUUUUCUAUUAAUCUGUUAUCUUUUUUUUUUGAAAUUUGUCCCCAAUAUUUUUGGAUGCAAUACAAGAUAGAAGAAUGAAAAAGUGAACGCAGAAAGGAAAUCACUGAACUAAUAAGACAAAAAGUGUUCAUUGUAAAAUUUAAUUAACACAAAAAAAUUGUAAAUGAGAAUUUUUUGAAUCUGUUUUCAUUUUUAUUCCUACUUUUAAGGAUUAUGCUUUGAAGGAUAUUAAAUAAAUAAAACUAUUUUAAAAAA